AUGGAGCACCAUCCUUGUUCUGGGAAGGGCGACGAUAUUCAGCCUCUAGCCAUUCCAAAGGAGACCGCGUCUCAACUGUGCAAACGCAUAGAGAACAACCAGGAUACUGAGGGGAAGUGCGAGCUGGUGGGAUACGGCAGAAUUGUUUCUGGAGACGAUGAGCCAUUUUAUGGGCCAUUCCGCCUUAAGGACGGCCUUUUCUUUUCCUUGUGUUCGGUCGUUGUUGACAAAGAAUUCUUAAAAGCAAACAAAGUCUCUCACAUUAUAGCUAUCGACGAAGACCCUCAACAACGCUUUGAAGAGUCCCAAGCGAGUUUGACGUCGGAAGAGCAGUCGCAAAUGGCCAUACCGCGCAGCCUCACGCUUCACUGGCAUCGGAGAGAAGAGCCAGAUGAUCCUGUGAUCCUUAAGGAGAAGAUGAAUGACCUAGCAAGAGUCGUUGCGUUCAUUGACGAAGCAGUAGAGCAGGGAGGCAGCUGCUUGCUUCACUCCUCCAAUGACCUUACCACAGCAGCUGCAGCUGCAACGGUAUAUUUCGUUGUAAAAAGACCGCCGUUCCACUUACGGCCAGUUGCACUGGCUCUGCUGAAAUCGGCAGACUUGCAGCGUUUUGUGUUGCAGUCGCUAGCUGGAAGGGAUUUGGCCGGGCAUAACGCCGAUAUCGCAGACUAUCGCAGCCAAGAAUUGGCCGCCAACUCGGGAAAGCAUUGGACACUGCCAAAAAUCAUGAAUGUGACGGUUUUUGCAGCAACCCCAGCAACGGAGGCAGAGUGUCUACUCCUUCACAACACUAUUGCUAACGGCAGCCUGCCGAUCACGGGACCGCCGACGACCCAUACAGGUGCUUUGCAGUGA